CACGCUUUAGUUAUAUCUUUAAAGUCGGCUUGCAAAGGUAUGUGUCGGGUCAGUAGUGUGUGCAUUGCAAGCAAGAUCAUUAAUUUGUUGUAUAACUCAAUAUAUACAGUAUGGAAAUGUCCAGCAAUGCCCCUUCAAACAAUGUCAAGCAGCCAUGGUACGGGUCAAAGUCAAGUUGCGAAAUGGACACAAAAGAUAAAAGCAAUGAAAAUGUAUUUAUGACUUUUCAGUCUAAAGAUCCAAUCAUUUCCAUUCCCAUGCAAGAAAAACACCCCAAAAAAAAAAUUCCAGGAAGCGGGGGUGGCCACGGACAUGGUAUUUCCGUUGAACAUCCUACGUCGUAUGGUGAGACCUUGAUGCACCUUUUCAAAGGGAAUGUCGGAUCAGGGAUUUUCGCCAUGGGAGACGCGAUCCGGAACGCCGGAAUUCUCGUUGGACCCGGAAUCGUUCUUUUGUUAGGGAUCAUUUGUGUUCAUUGCCAACACUUAUUGUUAUCAGCGGCCUUAAAAAUGAAAUCGAUGAAAGAAGUUUCCGUCCCUCCAGAUUUUGCCGAAACAGUGGAACUCUGUUUUGCCAGUGGUCCUCCACCAGUGCAAAAAAUGUCAAAAAUUAUGAAAAGACUUGUAAAUGUGUUUCUGUGUAUAACCCAAUUGGGUUUUUGUUGUGUCUAUUUUGUUUUUAUAUCUGAAAACAUUAAAAAGGUUUUGGAUUACUAUGGCUAUGAGUUGGACGUCCAUUUUCAUAUGGCAAUAAUCCUUCUGCCAAUCCUUUGUACGUCUCUAAUUCGUAACUUAAAAUAUCUUGCACCGUUUUCUACUGUUGCUAAUGUCUUCAUGUUGUUGGGGCUCAUCAUUACAAUUUAUUACACAACUCAAGAUUUACCGGCGUUUUCAGAACGAAAUUACUAUGCGGAACUAUCGCAAUUACCGCUUUUCUUUGGGACUGCAGUGUUUGCCUUUGAAGGAAUCGGACUUGUCUUGCCGUUGCAAAACGAGAUGAAGAAACCGUCUGAUUUUAAAAAACCAUUUGGAGUUUUAAAUGUUGGGAUGAGUGUAGUCACUAUUCUCUACAUUCUAAUUGGUUCUCUCUCGUAUCUAAAAUACGGCGAAUGCAUAAAAGGUAGCGUUACUCUUAAUUUACCAACGAGUGAUGUAUUAGCCCAGUCUGUGAAAAUAAUAAUUUCACUGGGAAUCCUUUUCACUUACGCUCUUCAGUUUUAUAUUGCUGUUGAGAUCAUGUAUCCAAAUGUCCAAAAACUGUUAGGACCUGUCAAGUAUCCAGUUUUUGCCGAAUUAACUUUUAGAUCUGUUUUAGUUUUAAUAACAUUUAUCUUGGCGGAAGCCAUACCAUUUUUGAAUCAUUUUAUUUCGCUAGUAGGAGCUGUUAGUAGUUCAACACUAGCGUUAAUCUUUCCUCCAAUUUUGGAUCUUGUAACCAGCUACAGUUUCGGAGAUUUGAAAUGUACAACAGUUAUAAAAAAUGUGAUAAUUUUAAUAUUUGGAAUCGUGGGAUGCGCUACAGGAACUUACGAAAGUAUAAAUUCCAUUGUGAAGGCUUUUAACAAUGACGAGAACGAGAACCCAGACUGUGAGCAAUAAGUGACGUUCUAAUGGAAUAGUGGUUGUAUUUUAAUUAUUAAUUUAUUAUGUAUAUACAUGUGUAUCAUAAUUCAGAUAAACAUUUUACCAUAUAAGUGAUUCUUUGCGUUUUGUAAUAUUUGAUUAGUGAUAAAUAUUUUUAUGAAUGA